UUCAAGUCUUUCAAGUAGAAAAAAUUAGACUAUGCCUCCCAAGUCUUCCCUCCUUUUUCGUCUUCUUCUUGGGCUCUGGUAUUGAUAGGGAGAGAGAGCACGGUGGAGGAUGUGCAGAAUUGGAAAAACAAUGGAAACACGCACCAACACGACUCCAAGAUCCACAGUCUUGUUCCCCUUCUUCUUCUUCCUCUUCGUUGCCCUCUCUUUCCUGGUCAGCUUCAGCAGCUGCAUCGACCCUAAUUACCUCAACGAAUAUUGCCCCAACACAACUCUAUACGCAUCCAACAGCACCUACCAAUCCAACCUCAACAUCCUCCUCUCUUCUUUUUCAUCAAACUUCAAUACCACCUACCGCAACGCCACCGUCGGCCAGAAUCCCAAUGCCGUUUACGGCCACUACUACUGUAGAGGAGAUGUCACCCGCGAUGUCUGCCGUGAUUGUGUUGACACCGCCGCUCGUGAGAUCCUUCAGUACUGCCCCAACAGGAAAGUCGCAAUCAUUUGGUACGAUGAGUGUACGUUGCGUUACUCGAACAAAUCCUUCUUCUCUACCCUCUCUGAGAACCCUCCCUACGCCAUGUUUAAUACACACAAUAUCUCUGAUCCGAAUCGAUUUAAUCAGCUCUGGGGUAAUAUAACGAACGUGACCGCAACUAAAGCUGCCUCCAAUUCUGAUAGAUACGCCACUCAAGAAGCUAAUUUUACACAAUUUCAGAAACUAUAUUGUCUCGCGCAGUGUAGCCCUGAUUUAUCAGGGAGGGACUGUAACAGUUGCCUUGUCAAUGCCAUUUCUUAUCUCCCUGGUUGCUGUAGUGGCAGCAAAGGAGGAAGGGUUUUCAAUCCGAGCUGCAUCAUCAGGUUUGAGGUAUACCCUUUCUAUCGAGUUACAGGUUCAGCGCUUGCUCCUUCGCCUACUAUUGCUUCCCUGCCGGCUCCGAGCAACAGAACUACCAUUCUCGAAAAGCAAGGAAGGUCGUCUAAACAAAUUGUUGGAAUUGUUCUGCUGGUUGCGGCUGUUGAAGUGAUUCUUUUCUCUAUUCUCUUGUGCUGUCUGCAAAUCCGGAAGAAAAAGGAGAACCCAUCAAAGGAGAAUGGUGGGAACACAAUUAAAAGUAUGGAGCCAUUGCUAUUUGAUUUCAGUAAGGUUGUUGCAGCUACAAACAACUUUGCGGAUGUCAAUAAGAUUGGUGAAGGAGAUUUUGGAGCCGUUUACAAGGGUAAACUUCAUGAGGGACAAGAAAUUGUUGUCAAGAGGCUCCCAAAAAACUCUGGACAAAGUGAAGAAGAAUUCAAGAAUGAGGUUGCAUUAGUUGCAAAGCUUCAACACUACAAUCUAGCUAAGCUAUUGGGAUUUUGCUUAGAGAGAGAAGAAAAGAUCCUCGUCUAUGAGUUUUUACCCAACAAAAGUCUGAUUACUUCCUAUUUGAUCCUGUGAAAUGCAACCAAUUUGAUUGGCAGAGACAUCGCAAAAUCAUAGAAGGGAUUACUCAAGGACUUCUUUAUCUUCAUGAAGAUUCCCUCUUUUGUAUUAUGCAUAAGGAUCUUAAAGCUAGCAAUAUAUUGUUUAAAGAUUGUAAAAUCUAGUCAGAUGGGAAAAUAAAUCUCAAGAUCUUAGACUUUGGGAUGGCAAGAAUAUUUGGUAUGGAUUAAACUCAAGCAAAUACAAACAUAAUAGUUUGGUAUUAGUAAGUUUCAUAAA